GGGCAUCCUCUCGCAGUCUACACUUAUAGUGUCCAUCAGGGCCCUGUCAUUCCACCCUGCGCCGGCGGCCAGGGUAAGGAACUCCAGAGGGAAGUACUGUGCGCUCCCCGUCUCCUGCCUCAGAUGACACAGCCAUUCACCCGCCGCUCUGCCCUCCGGUGGGUGAUCGAACACAGCCCGGAAGCGGCGGGUGACCUCUGGGUAAUGGUCCCUCGCUGAGUCUGGACCCUCCCAGACCGCGUUGGCCGACUCCAGGGCUUUGCCCGAAAAGCAGGAGACGAGGACGUUGACACUCUCCUCUCCCGAGGGAGUCGGGUGAACGGUCGCCAGGUAAAGAUCCAGCUGGAGCAGGAACCCCUUACACCCGGCAGCCAUCCCAUCGUACUCCCUCGGGAGCGCGAGCCGAAUCCCGCUGGGGCCGGACAGCGCCAGAGAAGGUGGUGGUGCAGGCUGGAGAGUGGCUGAAGACGGGGUAGGGAGGCCGCUCCUCUCCCAUCUCUCAAUUCUCGACAUCACUGGAUCCAUGGCCGUCCCCAGACGGUGUAGCACCGCUGUAUGCUAGAGGACACGUUCCUCCAUGGACUGAGAGGGCGUGUCCUCUCCUGCUGACUCCAUGAUUGUGGUGAAGGAUUCUGUCAAAAUCUCCCUAGGAGAGAUGGGUGUGGAGUCAGGCGCAGGAGAGAGCGAAUUGCAAGGAAGGGCGUUUAUUACAAGUCCAAAGAACAGGAACAGGACCACAACAGUAGCCACAAAACAACAGGAACGCGGUCCAGAAAAAACACCUGUUCAACAGAACAAACCCAAAACGCAACCCAAACAAAUGACAGCUAACAAACACUCCCGCACAAACCCAAGAGGGAAGGGCGAGAUUAAAUACCCCACUAAUAACCUAAACUAGACACAGGUGCACAACCAGACAAAACCAAACAAAAAAGAGAAGGGAUCGGUGGCAGCUAGUAGUCCGGCGACGACGACCACCGAGCGCCGCGUGAACUGGGAGAGGAGCCACCUUCGGCAGAAGUCGUGACCCAUAUACAGUGCGUUCGGAAAGUGUUGUUACGUUACAGCCUUAUUCUAAAAUUGAAUAGUUCAACCGAAAUGGAUGAAAAUACCACCAAAUGAAAGCCUGCACAUUAACCGCAUAGUCAUGUACCAUUUCAAAUGUUUCAUUUAUUUUUAUUUUAUUUAAACAGGCAAGUCAGUUAAGAACAAAUUCUUAUUUUCAAUGACAGCCUAGGAACAGUGAGUUUACUGCCAGAUUUGUACCUUGUCAGCUCGGGGGUUUGAACUUGCAACCUUCCGGCUACUAGUCCAACGCUCUAACCACUAGGCUACCCUGCCACCCCUGGAGUACAGAGCCAAAACAAACAAACGUGUCCUGUCCCAAUACUUUUGGAGCUCAUGGAGUUUGUCAAAUUUCUCAAGCUCAGUCAAUUUGGUUGGGAAUUAUUGAUAGAUAGCAGUAUUCAUACAUUGUCUUUAACUUGACCACUGAGGAACACUAAACACCACUUCGAAAGCCAUUCUGGUGUGUCUUUUGCCUUAAAAUGUGUGUAAUUGUCCCACUGAAAAAUGUAAUCUAACCCAGUGUCAGGCCUUCAAAGAACUAAGGCAUGUUUUCCUCAAAUUUUUCAUCUUGGCUUUGCUCCUUUCAUAUUUAUUUUGAUCCCGACAAACUCCUCAGUCCCUUCUGGUGACAAGUCUACCCAUAACAUGAUGCUGUCAGGGUUUUCCUCCUCUUCGUCUGAAGAGGAGAGGCGAGAAGGAUCGGAGGACCAAUAUGUGGCGUGGUAAGUGUCCAUGGUUCUUUUAAUAAGAAAUAGUCAACAUGAACACAACUGAAUACAAAAACAAUAAACGUGGACCGAACGAAACCCAAAACAGUACCGUGUGGUGAAAAACACAGACAGGGAAACAAACACCCCCAAACAAACAGUGACACCCGGGCUACCUAAGUAUGAUUCUCAAUCAGAGUCAACUAACGACACCUGCCUCUGAUUGAGAACCAUACUAGCCGAAACAAAGAAAUCCCAAAAUCAUAGAAAAACAAACAUCGACUGCCCACCCCAACUCACGCCCUGACCAUACUAAAUAAUGACAAAACAAAGGAAAUAAAGGUCAGAACGUGACAGAUGCAGCCACUGUAAAACUUUAAAAUACCAACAGUUUCACUCUGUGAUGUGUUGUGUUGGAUUUGCCACAACAUUUAUUAUUUAGACACAAAAGUUCAUUAAUUUGCCAUGUUGUCUUGCAAUAUUACUUAACUGCCAUGUUGCAACCCGAAUGGAUGUUUUAGAAUGGGUUAUUUUUGAAUAGGUCUACUACUUUUCACUUUGUCAUUCAGGCCUGUAAUGUGGAGUGAAGACAAUGGUGUUGAUCCAUGCAGAGUUUUCUAUCAGCUCAGCCAAUACACACUGUAGCUAUUUUAAAAUAAUCUUUAGCCUCAUAGUGACAUUCCUGAGUUUCCAUUCACUUCCACAGCUCAUUUAGGAAGGAUUGCGAGAUAUUUUAAGCUUCUGAUUGCAAUUAUACACAAUCCAGUGAUGAAUUACCAUACUUGACCGUACUCAAAAUAUUCAGGGGUUUGGGAUUAUUUAUUAACCUCAUCUGAUCUAUGCCUGUCUAAAAUAUCUUGCAGACAUGCUUUAAAAGCUCAUUUGUGGAUCUGAGGUUUAAUCAUUGUUUGAUAUUCACACUCCAGUAUCCUUUGACAUUACAGAGACAGGGGAAGUUGCUCUCAAAUCCUGAGAACCACUACUUUUGCAAACAGUUGGACCGCAUUCAAGAAAUAAAUAAUAAUAAAUAAUUAUUAACCAAUUGUGUGAAUAAUAACCCUGGCUUUCAUCCGGCGCUUUUGGUGGCCUUCCAUGGUUCAUGACGUCUCCGCAUUUGUCGCCGCCUGCGCUGUGUGCACAAAAUAAGACUCCGCGGCAAGCUCCGGAUGGCCUUCUUCAUCCACUCCCUGUUCCUCACCUUCCCUCGUCCCAUAUCUUUCUGGACAUUGUUACUGGUCUUUCUCUAUCAGAUGGCAUUACCACUAUCCUGACAGUGGUGGAUAGGUCUUCUAUCCACCCAUUUUAUUCCCCUUCCCAAGUUACCCUCAGCCAAGGAGACGGCUCAGCUCAUGGUGCAGCACUUCUUCCAUAUCCAUGGACUUCCGGUCGAUAUGGUCUCCGAUCGUGGUCCUCAGUUCUGGAAGGCAUUCUGCACCCUCAUUUGGUCUCCGGACAGCCUGUCCUCUGGUUUUCACCCCUAAUCUGACGGUCAGUCGGAGCGAGCCAGUCAGGACUUGGAGACGGCUCUUCAUUGUCUCGUCUCUGCCAACCCCACCACCUGGAGCCAGCAACUUGAGUGGGUGGAAUACGCCCGUAACACCCUUCCCUAAUCGCCCUUCAAGUGUUACUUGGGAUAUCAGCCCCCGCUCUUUCCUGAGCAAGAGGAAGAAGAUAGCAUACCCUCUGCCCCAAUGUUCGUCCGCUGCUGUUGCCGUACCUGGAAGAGAGCCCGGAGUACCUGGAAGACCACAUCUAGGUAUCGGCGACAGGCGGAUCGCCUACGGACUGCUGAUCCCCGCUAUCGGCUCGUGCAGAAGGUAUAGGUUUCCACUCGGGACCAGCCCCUCCAGGUGGAGUCUCGUGAACUUUACCCCCGUUUCAUCGGCCCUUUCCACAUCUCUAAAAUCCUUAGCCCCUCUGCUGUCCGUCUCCUGUUGCCCCGCACCCUCCGUAUACAUUCCACGUUUCAUGUGUCUAGGACUAAACCUCUGUCUCACAGCCCUUUGUCUCCUGUUUCCAAUGAAAAACAAUAAUCUCUUUAGGAAUAGACUUUUAGACAAGAGGUCAUAUAUAUGACUGUGGCAUCAUAUCACUGUACAAAAUGGUUUAUUCAUAUAGUUAUUCAUAAUAUAAAGUAUAUACUGUAUAUUAUGCAACAUAAUCAUUAUUAUAAUUUGAAUGAUAGUUCAAUGGAGAGUACCAAUCGCUCUUAAAACAAAGCCUAUACACUUCAGUCGCUGGGGAGGAAAGGUAAUAGAUGCAGAGGUCCCAUCAACUUACAUAACUGGAGGAAUAAAUAAAAGAUGUAUUUGCAAAUCCAUUAAAAGACAAGAAUAUUGAAUACUUUGACAGACGUGAAAGAUCUAUCUUACGCACACAUUCCUAUUGGCCCAGAUUCAAAAGCCCCCCGCAAUAUAGGCUCCAAUUGAAGCAGUAUUCCCAAGGUAUUUACUGCCUGUGCACUUCAUAGGCUACCAGUGUCUUUUUCUGAAUGCAUAUAGAAGGGGGUCUAUCAAAAUAUUUCAGACCACCCAAACCUGUUUCUAAAACGAAAUUUCGAAAUUUAGAAAAGUCAUGUUGAGUGUCUAAUUCAUACAACCCAUACAAGGUUGAUCUGUAUCUUUACAUAGACAGUUGGGGUCCACAAACCACAAUUACCCUUUAAGCAGGUGGUUACAACGUAGUUGACACCAACGUUUCUGUGUGCAAAUGAAAAGGUGUUGCGUUUUCAAACAUUAAAUACUUUGGUUUUCGAAGUGAAAGGCCAAACUAAAUUAGUUCUACAUGGUGAUAUGUAUUUAGGCCAUAGUCCGAUGGAUUCACAUGUUUAUUUUUUAAAAUCAAAAUAUAUCCUGGUUGAAAGGCAAAUAUUUCAUUAUUAAAAAACAAAUGUCUUAAGAUGUAACAAUUAUUCGAGCGAUGCACCUGUCCUUUCCGUGCAUUUUCUCCAGACCUACAACAACACUCAGGUAUGAAAGUGUAAGGGAACUUCCACCUUUCACUUUUGGAAUACCUUGCAGACUCGUUGUAUAAAGGAUCGACACAAGUUGGAGAAUGGUAGAACUUGAGUAUUCGAGAAAUUGAUUAUUCAGGAAGAACACUUUAUCUCUUUAUGGUUGCGGAAAACUUACUUUUUUCGGAAUAAAACGAAGAAGUCUAUCUUUCGGAAGUGCAUCAAGGUUGAUUGCGAACAGACCGAGAACUACAGUAGACCUACGCUAAAAUGGGUUCAAUCAGCUUUUGGAUGUGCUUGGUCAUGACGAUUUGCACCUGGAAUAAAACCAUCGGAUGCACAUGGAUGAAGACACUGCCUCGGUCUCCGAGCAUGUUCCAAGUGUUCAGCAACAACACCAUAACGAUGCUUAAGAAAAUGGGUCAUGAAGUCUCUCGAGGACCUCAGAUCACUUUCCCUGACUAUCAAUACAGACAAGUCAAUAAUUUCAAGGCUGACGAACAGAUGGCCUUCAUUUCGCAUACUCUGAACGCUAUAAAGAAAUUGUACAGCAGUGGGAAAUAUGAGUCCACCGCCUGGGACCAGAAAGGAGUUGACAAGUUUAUGAAUGACCUCUAUCGCCAGACCUCGGAGCUGGACCAAUGCGUAAAGGCUAUGAAAACUAGACUUUCAAAAUCUGUCAAAAGAGUGAACAAAAAGAUGAGCCUUCACUUCAAGUUCCUGAAGAAUUACUUGAAACGCGAGGAAUACAGCGCAAGCGGCUGGGAAGACAUAAGGACAGUGGUGCUGGCACACCUACAAAGACUAGACACAACAUUAAGUAGCCAAUGAGCGUUAUGUGUGUGUUGUGUACAUAUGAUUUAUUUAUAUAUAUAUUUAUCUAUUCAUAUAUCUUACUAUUUAUUUACAUGUUUACUAGUUUUUUUUUUUUACGUAUUUAUUUAUUGUAUAGUCAUGUAUUCACAACUCCGAGGAGUAAAUCAUUUUUUAUUCUGAAUAAUUUUGUGAUUGACUUAGGCAAUACAUAGCCUAAUGUGUCAAUGUUUCCGUGCAUUUCUUUUGAAUACAUGAAGGCCAUUGCAGACUGUAUUUAUUAUUGCAACCUGAUAGGAAAUGUUUGUUAUUGUAAUAAUGAAAUAUAUUAUAAUUAAAUAAAUGUGUCCUCUA